UGACCAAGCGUUUUGAAGUGGGGGCUGGCUUGACCGCAGUGCAAAAAGCCUGCAAUGUGUGGAGCGGUAGAGCUUAGAUCGGGCCCAAAAAUCCAGCCCGACCCGGCCCAAAUCCAUGCACUUUCUGCCCGAGCCAGACCCGACCUGAGCCAUAAACUGUCCUUCUGAACCCGAGCCAUUUUUUAGUAAUUAGAGCGUUAAAAUUGAGCUAUUUAAAACAUUUUCGGGCUGUUUGAAUUAGCGAAAUCUGUUAAGAAUUAUGUUAAAUAACCUUGCGACGCUGAAGAAGCAUAGACCUAUUAUUAUUUAUUUUUUUUAUUCGCUUCUUUCUUUCUUUAUUCCUUGUCUGUUGUACAGGCAGUGUGAGGUUGGUGGAUGGUGGCAGUCGCUGUGCUGGGAGAGUGGAGGUUCUUCAUAGAGGGCAGUGGGGAACAGUGUGUGGUGAUGACUGGGAUAUGAGUGAUGCUGCAGUGGUGUGUAGAGAGCUGGGCUGUGGAGAAGCUGUAGAUGCACUGGGCAAAUCUCAUUUUGGAUCAGGAUCAGGACCAAUCUGGAUGGAUGAUGUGGACUGUAGUGGAUCAGAGUCUAGACUGAAGAACUGUAGAUCACCAGUAUGGGGUAAACAUGACUGCAAUGAAACCCACAAUUCUGGAGUCAUCUGUUCAGGAGCCAGGCUGGUUUUAGGUUCUCGCUGCUCUGAGAGAGUGGAGGUUCUUCAUGGAGAGAGCUGGGUCACAGUGUGUGAUGCUGACUUUGACCAGCAGGGUGCAGAGGUUGUGUGUCGAGAGCUGGGCUGUGGUUCUCCUGUGAAGGUUCUGGGAGCAGCUGCGUUUGGUAGAGGGGAGGGUCAGGUGUGGUCAGAGGUGCUUCAGUGUAGAGGAAACAAAUCUCAGACUCACUUCUGUCCAAAAUCAUCUUCACUCAAACACAACUGCUCCCAUGAUAAUGAUGUGGGACUGGUGUGUGCAGGAGUCCUGCUGGUUAAUGGCUCUCGCUGCUCUGGAAGAGUGGAGGUUCUUCAUGGUGAGAGCUGGUUCACAGUGUGUGAUGCUGACUUUAACCAGCAGGAUGCAGAGGUUGUGUGUCGGGAGCUGGGCUGUGGUUCUCCUGUGGAGAUUCUGGGAGCAGCUGCUUUUGGUAGAGGGGAGGGUCAGAUGUGGUCAGAGGAGCUUCAGUGUAGAGGAAACGAAUCACAGAUUCACUUCUGUCCAAAAUCAUCUUUACUCAAACACAACUGCCCCCAUGAUAAUGAUGUGGGACUGGUGUGUUCUGGCAGUGUGAGGUUGGUAGAUGGUGACAGUCGCUGUGCUGGGAGAGUGGAGGUUCUUUAUAGAGGACAGUGGGGAUCAGUGUGUGGUGAUGACUGGGAUAUGAGAGAUGCUGCAGUGGUGUGUAGAGAGCUGGGCUGUGGAGAAGCUGUAGAUACAUAUCAUGAGUCUUACUUUGGAUCAGCAUCAGGACCAAUCUGGAUGGAUAAUGUGCACUGCAGUGGCUCUGAGUCUACACUGAGGAACUGUGAAUCAGCAGGAUGGGGUAAACAUAACUGUGAUCAUUCUAAAGAUGCUGGAGUCAUCUGUUCAGGAGUCCGGGUGGUUGGUGGUUCUCACUGUUCUGGGAGAGUGGAGGUUCUUCAUGGAGAGAGCUGGGUCACAGUGUGUGAUGCUGACUUUAACCAGCAGGAUGCAGAGGUUGUGUGUCGAGAGCUGGGCUGUGGUUCUCUUGUGGAGGUUCUGGGAGCAGCUGCUUUUGGUAGAGGGGAGGGUCCGGUGUGGUCAGAGAAGCUUCAGUGUAGAGGAACUGAAUCUCAGAUUCACUUCUGUCCAAAAUCAUCUUCACUCAAACACAACUGCUCCCAUGAUAAUGAUGUGGGACUGGUGUGUGCAGACAGUGUGAGGUUGGUGGAUGGUGGGAGCCGCUGUGCUGGGACAGUGGAAGUUCUUCAUAGAGGGCAGUGGGGAACAGUGUGUGAUGAUUACUGGGAUAUGAGAGAUGCUGCAGUGGUGUGUAGAGAGCUGGGCUGUGGGGAAGCCAUAGAUGCACCACGGAGAGCUCGCUUUGGAUCAGGAUCAGGACCAAUCUGGGUGGAAUAUGCUAACUGUGCUGGAUCAGAGUCUUCACUGAAGAACUGUAGGUCGUAUGAUUGGGGUAGACAGAGAUGUAAUCAUGAUGAAGACGCUGGUGCUGUUUGUGCAGACAGUGUGAGGUUGGUGGAUGGUGGCCAUCGCUGUGCUGGGAGAGUGGAGGUUUUUUAUAACAGAACAUGGAGAUCAGUGUGUGGUAAAAACUGGGAUAUAAGAGAUGCUGCAGUGGUGUGUAGAGAGCUGGGCUGUGGGGAGGCUGUAUUUAAAAAUGUUCAGUUUGGACCAAGAUCAGCCUGGAUGGAUGAUGUGAACUGUAGUGGAUCAGAGUCUUCAGUGAAGCACUGUAGAUCAGCUGGAUGGGUGGAACAAAUUUGUAAUCGACUUGCUGGAGUCAUCUGUUCAGGGGUCAGAUUGGUGGGCAGAUCUCGCUGCUCUGAGAGAGUGGAGGUUCUUCAUGGAGAGAGCUGGGUCACAGUGUGUGAUGCUGACUUUGACCAGCAGGGUGCAGAGGUUGUGUGUCGAGAGCUGGGCUGUGGUUCUCCUGUGGAGAUUCUGGGAGCAGCUACUUUUGGUAGAGGGGAGGGUCAUUUGUGGUCAGAGGAGCUUCAGUGUAGAGGAAACGAAUCUCAGAUUCACUUCUGUCCAAAAUCAUCUUCACUCAAACACAACUGCUCCCAUGAUGAUGAUGUGGGACUGGUGUGUUCUGAAAGUGUGAAUUUGGUGGAUGGUGGGAGUCGCUGUGCUGGGAGAGUGGAGGUUCUUCAUAGAGGGCAGUGGGGAACAGUGUGUGAUGAUAACUGGGAUAUGAUAGAUGCUGCAGUGGUGUGUAGAGAGCUGGGCUGUGGAGAGGCUGUAGAUGCACUUAGUGGUGCUUACUUUGGAUCAGGAUCAGGACCAAUCUGGAUGGAUAAUGUGGAGUGUAGAGAAUCAGAAUCCAUACUAAAGAACUGUAAAUCAGCAGGAUGGGGUAAACAUAACUGUAAUCAUCCUAAAGAUGCUGGAGUCAUCAGUUCAAGAGUCAGGCUGGUUGGAGGUUCUCACUGCUCUGGGAGAGUGGAGGUUCUUCAUGGAGAGAGCUGGGUCACAGUGUGUGAUUCUGACUUUAACCAGCAGGAUGCAGAGGUUGUGUGUCGAGAGCUGGGCUGUGGUUCUCCUGUGGAGGUUCUGGGAGCAGCUGCUUUUGGUAGAGUGGAGGGUCAGGUGUGGUCAGAGGAGCUUCAGUGUAGAGGAAACGAAUCUCAGAUUCACUUCUGUCCAAAAUCAUCUUCACUCAAACACAACUGCUCCCAUAAUAAUGAUGUGGGACUGGCAUGUUCUGGUGACAAGCGAAGACUUGUUGGUGGUCCUCACGCAUGCUCUGGGAGAGUAGAGAAGCUUCAUCGGAAUUCUUGGCUUCCAGUGUGUGAUGCUGACUUUAACCAGCAGGAUGCAGAGGUUGUGUGCAGCUGGGAGCUGGGCUGUGGUUCUCCUGUGGAGGUUCUGGGAGCAGCUGCUUUUGGUAGAGCAGAGGGUCAGAUGUGGUCAGAGGAGCUUCAGUGUAGAGGAAACGAAUCUCAUAUGUACCUCUGCCAGACAUCUCCUUCCUUGAAACCCAACUGCUCUCACAACAAGGAUGUGGGACUAAGAUGCUCUGGUCACACUCAGGCUCGGCUGAUGAACGGCUCAGAUUCCUGUUCUGGUCGAGUGGAGCUCCAGUACCUCAGUGAGUGGGGUACAGUGUGUGAUGUAAGCUGGGAUAUGAGAGCUGCCAGUGUCCUCUGUGCUCAGCUGAAGUGUGGGAGUUCUGUGGCUGUGUUGGGGUCAGACUGGUUUGGGGAGGGGAGUGGCCGGAUCUGGGCUGAUGUGUUUGAUUGUCAGGGAAACGAAACACACCUGUUAAAAUGUCCCAUUUCAUCAUGGAGUCGAACUGCAUGCUCUCAUGAACAGGAUGCUGGAGUUAUCUGUAGUGGUUCUUCUCUGGCGUCUCAUGAGGGAGGAGUGCGGUUGUCUGGAGGGAUGGAGUGUGAGGGGGAGGUGGAGGUGUUCUUCAGGCAGGACUGGAGGAGAGUUCUGCUGGACUCCUGGAGUGAGUCUGAGGCCUCUGUGGUCUGCAGACAGCUGGGCUGUGGUUCUGUACUCAACAUCUCCAGCUCCUCUUCAUCCAGUCCUGAACACAGCUACAUGUGUGUGACGGGUUUCAACUGCUCUGGGAGUGAAGCUCAUCUGAGGAACUGCAGCAGCUCACAAGCAGUUAACUGCAGCUCCACGGAACAGCUCUACAUCACCUGCUCUGGUACAUCUAACACAGUCCACAGCUCCAUCAGGCUGGUUGGUUCUGGGGGAGACUGUGCAGGAAGGCUGGAGGUUUUCCACAGUGGAUCAUGGGGGACAGUGAGUGAUGAAUUGUGGGAUAUUGAGGAUGCGCAGGUGGUCUGCAGACAGCUGCAAUGUGGAGUCGCCCUCAGUGCUCCAGUACCGGUACCAGCCCGGUUUGGAUCUGGAACUGGACCCAUUUGGCUGAAUGAGGUGGAGUGUGAGGGGAACGAGGCGUCUCUGUGGAACUGCAGAUAUCAGCUGUGUGGAGAGGAUGAAUGUGGACACAAGGAUGAUGUAGGAGUCGUCUGCUCAGAGUAUAAAGAGAUCAGACUGACUGAGGGCUGUGAGGGGAAUCUGGAGGUGUACUAUAAUGGAACCUGGGGGAAUGUGUGUGUAAAUGGGAUGACUGAUGAAACGGCAAAAUUGAUCUGUCGAGAGCUGAACUGUGGAAGAACUGGCAGUGAGUCUUGGUCUAAAGCAAGAGUGGAAUCAGCUCCUAACUGGCUGGAUAAUGUAAAAUGUAGGAAACAUGACUCCACUCUGUGGCACUGUCCAUCUUCUUCCUGGGGGGAGAACAGGUGUGAUAAUCGCAAUGAGGUUGCUUGCAUUACCUGCUCAGAGAAUGGAAAUACACUAGAUUUGACAAAUUGGCUGUGUGAUUCAUCUCCUCAUGAGAGACCGUGCUCAAAGCACAUUCCUCUGAGGCUGAGGGGAGGAGUAGGAAGCUGUUCUGGAUGGCUGCAGGUGUAUCAUAAUAAAACAUGGGGGUCUGUAUGUGGUGACCUCUGGGACAUCAGGGAUGCUCAGGUGAUCUGCAGGCAGCUGGGUUGUGGGCCGGCGCUGAGUGCUAAUAGAAGAGCUGUUGAUGGUUCUGGUGGAGGAACUAUCUGGAUGAACAGAGUGAAGUGUAGAGGGAAUGAGAUUCACCUGUGGGACUGUCCUCAUUCCCUGAAGAUCCACACUGACUGCUCCCACAGUGCUGGAGUCACUUGUGGAGGCUUCCUGUAUCAUACUUUGCCUUUAAAUAAUAAAAGAGGACAGAUGGGACAUUUUGUCUUGCAAGAUUCUCAACCACAGACAAGAAGAAUCAUACUUCCACAAACUCCUCCACCAGCUGUUCCCUCCAUCUAUCCAGUGUCUCUCCUGGUUCUGGGAUAUGUGCUCUUCCUGGCCUUAGUGCUUCUGGUUGUGCUGUUUUAUCAGAACAGAGUGCUCAGGAGAGUGAUCUCUAAGAGGAGGAAGACUUCAGCUGAGCCUGUCUAUGAGGAGAUUGACACCAGGCUCAUCCCUAAAAGAAUUACUGUCUCAACUGAAAGGUGGUGAGCUUCCUGAGGGCUUUGAGGAUAGUUAUCCUGGUGCGUGUCUUUCGUCUGGCCUCUCAGAAGAAAGAUCUGGAGAAGGUCACUAGAAGAAAGGUAUCUGAGAACAAAAGGCGGUAACAAAAAGGAUGGAUUUGAUUUGGAUCUCACCUAUGUCACAGGCACUCUACAGAAAUCCCAUAAAAGAAGCUGCCAUAUUUCUGGACACAAAGCAUCCCGAUCAUUACAGAGUUUACAAUCUCUGCAGUCAAAAAGGCUACGAUCCACUGUUCUUCCAUUACAGAGUGCAACGAGUGAUGAUUGACGACCAUAACGUACCGUCAUUAGACCAACCCACUCGUUAGGACUCCCCCUAUCACUAGUAAUGCCCCAACACACCAGGAGGAUGAAGACUAGCACACUCUUUCUCCGAUACAUGUGACGUCAGCCACCGCUUCUUUUCGAGCUGCUGCUGAUGCAGCAUUGCCAAGCAGCCAGCACAUUUGGAGGAAAGCGCAGCGGCAGCCCGAGGAACCUGAGGAAAGUGGUGGGAAAUCUCGAGCCAGGUCAGACCUUGGGUUGGGUUUGGGCAGAGAACCUAAGCUCUUAUUCACAUAUUGAACUUUGUGUUAUUGUGUUCUCAGUGACAUGUUGAACUACACUGCCAGUUUGAGGGAAUGUCAUUGCCAUCCACUGCAAAGGAGGCAAAGGUGUGGGAAAGGGCAAUGGCAGUGAUCUGAAGGUGCGGAUCAUAGUGAAAAGAGAGCAGGUGUUCCAGUGUGUCUGUGCCACGCAGACGAACUGUAGGCUGUUCCCAGAUACUGAAAACAAUGCCGGGGUGAUCAGCUUUCAGGAAGGGCCAGUGGUUUGUGGUGAUGUUAAGGUCAUGUUUGAAUCCAGGGCUGGUCUUCCAAAGGGGUAUGAGGACUAUCCUUUCUAUUUCUGGUUCAACACUUCAUUUGUAGAGAACAACAGGCUCUAUCUGUCAAGGGAGGAACUGGACAACCCUCGUAAGUCCAAAACCUGGGACAUCUACAAGGAGGACUUUGGUGUGACCGUGUCUUUCAGUGACCCUGCACUUAUGUAGCAGACGACACUUGCUUGUGUAUCUCAACUAAAACCCUUAAGCCCUGCACAAGGUCUAAAUCUUUGCUCUAAUGUAGGUUUUCACACACUUAUAAAAGGUGAGUGAUGUUUAGGGAUUGGAUUCGGGCAUAUUGUGCCCCUAAAGCUAUAGCUAUAGCUAUAUAACCUCAACUUUAUGUCCAUCCCCCAUCUUCACUGUAAGAGCUUUUUACUGAGCCGUGCAUACAUCACAAUAUUAUGCAUUUGUUUGUCAAAUGUUUUUUGUCUUUAAAUGAAGACAAAUGUUUGUGUCAGUUUAGCAUAUUAUGCUUCCAAAAUGUAAAUCUUACUCUUUAAGCUUGUGUACAUCAAAUAAAGCAAUCGAGGCUGCCACUGUGAAAUGGUCAAUGGUUAUGUGUGCAGAAACAUUUUUUUGUAGUACACAUGUAUUGAAAUAAAUACUAAUGUCUCUGUAA